CCUCCGCAGACUCGGGCAAAGGCCGGCCUAAAGAGGGGUUCAGAGGGUGUGCGGCGGGGCGGAAAAGGCGGAGCGGAGCCCGGGCGAGCGCGGACCUUGGCCCGGGGCUUCGGGACACAGAGACAGCCAUGGCUCCUCUGCGCUUCGCAGCCAACCUGUCGUGGUUGUUCUCGGAGCAGGGACCGGCGCUGAGCGCGCGCCUCGAGGCCGCGGCCCGGGCUGGCUUCACGGUGGCCGAGGUGGCCUGGCCCUACGCGGAGCCCGCGGCGCAGCUGGCGGCGGCGGCGCGGGCUGCCGGCCUGCAGCUGGUGUUGCUCAACACGCCGCCGGGGGCCACCGACGUCGGGGAGCUGGGGCUGGGCGCAGUGCCCGGGCGUCAGGAUGCCUUCCGCGAGGGGCUGGAGCUGGCGGUCGCGUACGCGCGGGAGCUCGGCUGCCCCCAGGUGCACCUGAUGGCCGGCCGCGUCCCGCAGGGCGCCGAGCGCGCCGCCGUGGCCCGGGACAUGGAGGCCGUGUUCGUGGAGAACCUGCGGCACGCCGCCGACGUGCUGGCCCGCGAGAACCUCGUGGGGCUCGUGGAGCCCAUCAACAGCCGGCUCACGGACCCGCGCUACUUCCUGGAUACGCCCGAGCAGGCGGCGGCCAUCCUGCGCCGAGUGGACCGGCCUAACCUGCGGCUGCAGCUGGACGUGUUUCACUGGCAGAUCAUGGGCGGGAACCUGACCGGCAACAUCCGUGCCUUCCUGCCCCUGGUCGGGCACGUGCAGAUAGCCCAAGUCCCCGACCGCGGCGAGCCAGACAGCCCCGGAGAGCUCAACUUCCCCUACUUGUUCCAGCUAUUGGAGGAGCUGGGUUACACGGGCUACGUGGGCUGCGAGUACCGGCCACGUGGGGACACUAAUGAAGGCCUCGGCUGGCUGCGGGCCUAUUGGGAGAGCCGGGGGUUGUCCCCGGGCAAUGCUGGGAGCCUUGCACGUGACCCAACUUAUCAAUGACCCUCCCCAACACCUGCCUGUCGUACCACCCUACCCUUAAGAAAGACAGCACCACACAAGGCAUAAGUAUGUUAGCUCUUCUGAUAGAAAAUGAACUCCCUGAUAACUGUUGAUUUUUGUAUCUUUGUGUGGGUCUUAAUAAACGCUUGUUUGAUUUGAAAA